GGUUCAUAAAGUUGGUGUGGUGAGUGGUGUUGAAUCAGGUGGUACAUGGUUGCUAUGGUUUCUUCUAACACCAUUCUGCUCUCCGAAAAGAUGUUGAAUUUUGCGAGAAAAACUCAAAAGAGAAUAGAGUGGUGCGAUUUGAAGUGAUUCACAGCCGUCUCAUAUCUCUUUCUCAGAUUUUCAGUUUAACCUCCAUCCCAUUUACCAUAGUCACAGAACCACACCACGAUAUAAAGAGAUGGCGUGCAUGGAUGUCUGCCCUCUGGCAUCAGAACUCUCAGUGAUAAAUAGCAACAUUAUUUGCCCAGAGGAGGGGUGUGGAAAAGUGUUCAAAGCUUCAUCAGCAUUAAAUAUGCAUCUAACAAAACACCAUCGCAAUUCAUGUCUUGCAAAACGUGAUUCAAGUAUAACAGUUCGAUACUUUUGUCCGGAGGAGAAAUGCAUUUAUCAUGUCAAUGCUAGCCGUCAUUUUGCCCAAAUGAAAUAUCUCAAACAGCAUUAUCUUAAAGUUCACAGUGAGAAGAGGUUCAGCUGUGAUUCAUGCAACAAAGCGUUUGCCACCCAAGAGUUAUUAAAGAACCAUUCUCAAGUGUGCGGUAUUAAGUUUACAUGUUCAUGUCUCAACUCAUACAGUUCUUAUGAAGCUCUCCUUACUCAUUGCAAGAGGAAGCAGCAUACUUUUGAAUAUAAAUAUAAGUUAGGCCACAAGAGGUCCAAGUCUGAGGGCACUGUUGAAGUUCCUCUCAAAAAGGACUCCCAAUGUCCCAAUUUAGAUGUACAGCCUGUGUAUAUAUUACCGAAACCAACUAAUGACCAAAUUGCAACAGUAGCAUUGAAUGUUUUGGCAGCACCAUCCUUAACUGAGUUAUCCUGUUCCAUAGUACAUGAUAAAAGUAUGCAGACUGACCCAUUAGAACCAAGGCGCAAGAGAAAUAGUCCAAACAAAGCAACUGAAAAAGCUUUGAGACGACGUACAUCUGCUCACACACAGACAGGUGUAACACUUAAAACUCAUCACUUGAAAAAGACUGCAGAAACUCAAACCAUGGGUGACUACAUUCUCAAAAAAGCCAUGGCAGAUGCAGAUAUUUUAAUCAGUGACUCUGAGAGUUCAUUUUAUCUCCCAAAUGCUCCUCGUAAAAGGAAAAACAAUUCUGGAACCCAAACUGCAGUGAAGAAAUGUUCAAAAGUUCUUACAAAAGUCAAUGAACCAGUCCUUGAACAGAGUUUGGAUGCAAUGUCUCUUUCACCAUGUGUACCAUUCUCUUUGAAAAAGGAUGUGGGUCUUCCUGAUCUGUGGAUUACUGAUAAAAACACAUCAAGUACUCAAACUACUACUUCUUCUGAUGAUCUUUUGCAAUCUGACAGUUUUUCUAAAGGUGAUCCUAUUCAUAGUGAUCUAAAUUUGGAACUAUUUGGACAAGAUGAAAACCUCUGUUCUUCCGGUAUCUUUGAAGACAAUUCAGACAGUUUUGAUAAUGAUGUAGGCAGCUCAUCAGAAUUUGAUUCAGUUGGUCACUCUGAAGUAAACAUGAAUCAACUAGGCAGUCUUGCUCAUGAAAAUUUUGUUUCUUGCAAUGUAACACAAACAGACCAGAAUCUUAAUCAUCUCUUCCUAAGACAGCCGUCUGAUGAUGAAUGUCCUGCUUCAUUUACAACUAGUGAAACUCAAACUACUGACGACUUGAAUGAUUUGGAUUCCCUGUUGUAUGCCAACAUGUGGACUCAGACUUCCGAAGAUCCUUUCUUUUCUGGUCUAGAUUUUGCUGAUACUCAAACUCAAACAGCAUGGCCUUUGUAUGGAGAAGAGGGCAAUGAAUCUAUACUUGUCUCUGCUGAAACCCAAACUGCAAUAUCCAGUGCAUGUUCCUCAAUAAUGGACAAUGAAUGCUGGACAUGUGAACCUUCCCAUAUAGAGACACAGACAUGUGAGGAAGAUUUAAAAGACUAUAUUGCAGAACUAGAACAAGCCUGAGUUUCUGGACACAUUUUGAUUUCAUGUGUAGCUGAACAAGCACACCUCAGCCCUUAAUUGGAUUGUGGGUAAAGAAAAUAUGUACUGUAUUACCAAUUUGGUUUGUAGAUUUUUCUUUUCACUUCAUUUUAAUAAUGAACUAGAUAUCAUUCAUCACCUUUUGCGGAGCAAAGGAGAAUUUGAACUCAUUUUUAUUUUUUAUUCUGUGAUAUGGCACUAAGACAAAGUGUGUGUGAUUCUUCACUGUGUUAAUUUAAGCAUUAAACUGCCCUCCUUUUCUUGCAUGAAGAUAA